UCUGGCCGACCAGGUCUGGAGAGUGUAUUUGAGAAAUGGGCAGGGGGAGAUAAGGAGAUGACACAAAACUACAAAUCGGUUUAAAGCGAGAGUCUGUUGAUUUGUACAAUUGGACGGCGGUGUAUGUAAACAACAGGCAGUUGGUCUAUAGUGCCAGGCUCAACGAUAGUACUGCUGCACAGAUAAGUGAACAGUAUUUAGGGCUCUCUUUGGUAUUCCACGCUUUUGUGCAUUGACUUAGUGACCUUGUAUGUUUCUCUAUUGAAGCCAUUCACUAACUAAUGUACACAUGGAUCUGGUUAGAGAAGAGAGAGAGAGUAGCGCUUCUAAAACUGUGGAGCUCCCGUCAUGCUUAGUAGGGGUACAAGGAGUCGCUUAACAUCCGCAGGCUAUAUUGAUCCAGACAAGACAAAUACUAUUCCUUGAAAUGUCAACAGCGACACUUACUUCUGUGUAGUGACAUAUUGGCAUAGUGGCAUAACAAUUCAGCCCUUGAGAGGCUUGACAGAUCAACAUUUGAACUAGUGCCAUGGAUCUGGACCUAGCUGGACUUUGAAUGACCUGACAGAUAAUCUCUUGGAGCUAAUUCUGAGUGACAUUUGGACAAGAGGCCCUGAUAGACUCCCUUCGAAGGACACACACAAAAAAAGGGCGACGCGAACUCUCUCUAUUGUCCAUCCUGUGACGGGUGAAGGUUGGAUGUGUUGGAGUGGAGGCAGGUGGCGCCCCACAACAGCAUGGGUCAAAUCAAGUCCCAUUUACAGCUGCCCAAGAAUGAGGAAGAGGAGCUUGAGGCAGGCGCCCUCGACAUCGACGAACUCUAUCGAAAGACUUUCGACGCGUGCAUAGCGAAGUGGAAAGAUGUGACGUUUUAUAAGGAGCCAGACGUCCUCUACUGCAACUCAACAUCCGACACAUUCACAUGCUGGCCGGCGACAAGUGCCGGGGCUGUGGCCCAGGAGCGGUGCCCUGAACAUAGUGUCGUGGAUCAAACUGCUAAUGUCACCAAGUUAUGCAGAGAUAAUGGAACCUGGGAGACUGCUAACUACUCGGCCUGCAUGCCUAACACCACUCAUUCAAUGGAAACUCAUAAGACAUCAACAUCACCGGAAGCCUGGAUUCUCUAUGACAUCGGCUUCACUAUAACGACCAUAGCACUUCUCGUGGCCUUGACCAUAUUUCUGAAUUUCAAAAGUCUCAGGUGUCUUCGGAAUAUAAUUCAUUGUAACCUGAUGGUAGCCCUUUUGGUGACCAAUGUGAAAUGGCUGAUCCUGAGACUCGCAUCUUUCAGUUUGGCUUCUGCUCCACCGGUGCUGUGUAAAAUUUUGGUGACAAUUUUGACCUACUUUCAUAGCGCCAUCUUCUUUUGGAUGUUUGUGGAAGGUCUGUAUUUAUUCACUAUUGUUAUCUGGGCUUACUCAGUGCACAAGAUACGCCUCUGGCAUUACAUCCUAAUUGGAUGGGGUAUCCCCUUUGUUUUUGUUAUUAUCUGGGUUUGUGUCAGAUCUCAAUACAAGGACAUGCUAUGUUGGCUCCCAGAGGAUGGAACCAACUACGUUGACUAUAUCAUACAUGUACCGGCUCUAACAGUUCUCGGGAUCAACGUCUUCUUCAUAACGGUCAUCAUCUGGACACUGGUGACUAAACUUAGGGCCUCCAAUACUAUUGAGACACGCCAGUCCAGGAAAGCCCUAAAAGCCAUCGUUGUGUUACUGCCCUUGCUAGGCGUGACCUACAUUCUACUACUAGUGCCCCCCGUUCGUCACGAGACUCUGGAACGCAUCUACUACGUCCUGUCUGUGACCUUGCAAUCCCUCCAGGGUUUGUUUGUGGCCAUCUUUUAUUGUUUUUUAAACGGCGAGGUCCAGACUGUAUUACGUCAGAAGUUCAGUGCGCUUCAAGACAGCCGAACUUUUGGCAGAUACACCAUGUCCUCGUUCUUCACCGCUAGGAGGCGCUCCAGCUGCUACGCCAUGACAUCCACCACGUGCAACGGAAAGGCAGGGAGCCCCAAGCAAUCCGUGGUCUCGAAAUAUUCCAGAGCAGGGGAAGGAGACAAAGAGGCGAUGGAAACGGAAGCCAGUGCUGCCAUGAUGGACAACGUGUUGUAAAUAGUUCAGUGGUUGGACUGUAUUGACAAUGUCUCACGGUACUAGAGUAAGACAUAUAGGACUGGUACUUUUUUUAGGAUGAACGUUUUGCUGAAGAUAAGACAAGAAAAUAAACCCUAGGAAACGUUUGCCAUAAAAGCGCUAAAAUACGACUAAUAAGCCAUUACUAAAUUAGUGUACUAAUAUUUGUAUUCUACAAAGAUUGAUUAACCAACAGAAGUUUACGCAUGAAAAAAAAAGACUUUUAGUGAACACAAAAUUACAAUAGCCAACUAAUCGACAAGUUUUAUUAAACAUAUUUUGAAAUUCUAAGUGCUGCUAAUCGUUCUGGUCUUUGUAUUGGACUUACAUGUGACUUGUCCUCGAGUCUGAAGACCAAGAAGUAAUUUAGUUUUUCACGUGGUUACACGGUCCUGUGAUCUACAAAUUAUGUCAAAUGGAAUGGAACUUCAGAAAACAGUUCUGUUGGUUGAUUGGCAUUUCAGAAAACAGUUCUGUUGGUUGAAUGGCACUUCAGAAAACAGUUCUGUUGGUUGAAUGGAACCUCAGAAACAGUUCUGUUGGUUGAAUGGCACUUCAGAAAACAGUUCUGUUGGUUGAAUGGCAUUUCAGAAAACAGUUCUGUUGGUUGAAUGGCACUUCAGAAAACAGUUCUGUUGGUUGAAUGGCACUUCAGAAAACAGUUCUGUUGGUUGAAUGGCACUUCAGAAAACAGUUCUGUUGGUUGAAUGGCAUUUCAGAAAACAGUUCUGUUGGUUGAAUGGCACUUCAGAAAACAGUUCUGUUGGUUGAAUGGCACUUCAGAAAACAGUUCUGUUGGUUGAAUGGCAUUUCAGAAAACAGUUCUGUUGGUUGAAUGGCACUUCAGAAAACAGUUCUGUUGGUUGAAUGGGACUUCAGAAAACAGUUCUGUUGGUUGAAUGGCAUUUCAGAAAACAGUUCUGUUGGUUGAAUGGCACUUCAGAAAACAGUUCUGUUGGUUAAAUGGCACUUCAGAAAACAGUUCUGUUGGUUGAAUGGAACUUCAGAAAACAGUUCUGUUGGUUGAAUGGAACUUCAGAAAACAGUUCUGUUGGUUGAAUGGAACCUCAGAAACAGUUCUGUUGGUUGAAUGGAACCUCAGAA